UCUCGCGGUGCAGAACUUACGGGCACACUUCACUUUUCGCGCGAAUUUCGUUCAAUGCAAAUUUAAGUUUUGUAAAUAAAUCAUAAUUCGCACGCGGCAUGCCUCCGAAACGCACUAAAAAAGCAGCUGCGCCAGCAGCUCAGGAUGGUCCAGCUGAAGAGGUGGAUCCCUCGCAACCGGCGCUGUCCGUGGAGCACUGCAAAUCCUGACGCGUCUUUCGUCGCCGGGCGGAGGAGCUGCAUGCCGCUCUCCAGGAGAGAGGGCUUCGGCAGCUCCAGCUCCGGCUGAACGCAACCGGAGCUCCGCGCCGCGGUGCCUUCGAAGUGAGUCUGAUUGGGGCUAGGAAUGGGAAGGAGGAAGAGAAACCGGUGCUGCUUUGGUCUGGUCUAAAGCGAGGGCCACCGCGUGCUCUCAAGUUUCCUAACGCCGAGGAGAUGUACACAAAGAUUGUGGGGAUUCUGGGCGGAGAGCAGUCCAAGGAGCCGUCGGAAGGAGCACCUGUGGCCGAAGUCACGGAGAAAAAGGAGACGGAAAACAAGGAAGCUACAGGCAAUUCGCAAAGUAAUCCAGAGGAUAACGAGGACGGGCUUGAGGAGCAGCCACAGCCUCAAGGCAGCCAGAAACGCAAGCGUUCCGCCAGAGCCCCGGAGAAGUCCGCCAAGCGCGCAAAAAAGUAAUUGUUAUUUCAGAUAAGGAAUAAACUCGCCAGCAAUAGAGCCCCAUGAUCGAUGAUCGGCAAAUCCCCACUGGGAACUGAUCGUUGUGAAAACCCCCUUUUUGCCUUUGCUGGCUGGGUUAUCCUUUUGCGAAAAACAAACACAUUUACACACCAAUUGUUAUUACAAAAUAUAUUAAAACGUCUUAGAAACCUA